UCGGAUCGUUUUGUAGUCGGAUGCUCUAAUCCGUUUCGUUUUUUCCUUUUUCUAUCCCGAGAGAGAGAGAGAGAGAGAGAGAGAGAGAAGGGAAAGGGAGGUGGUGGAAGCGGAGCGGAGGAGAGUGGAGGAUGACGGUUCCCGGGCGCCAUAGGCCAUCGACGACGGCGAUGGCGGCGGCGGCGGCAGAGGCGGGGGGAAGGGAGGCGGUGGCGCUGCCGCACAAGGUCUCGCGGCGGCAGCUGCUGCGGGUGGCGUCGGUGGCGUGCGGGGUGCAGUUCGGGUGGGCGCUCCAGCUGUCGCUGCUCACGCCGUACGUGCAGGAGCUGGGGAUCCCCCACCAGUGGGCCAGUCUAGUGUGGCUCUGCGGGCCGCUCUCCGGCCUCAUCGUCCAGCCCUUCGUCGGCCACAUGAGCGACCGCUGCGCCAGCCCAUUCGGCCGCCGAAGACCAUACAUCGUCGGCGGGGCCGCCGCUAUAUCCACCGCCGUCCUUCUCGUCGGGUUCUCUGCGGACAUCGGCAGCGCCCUCGGCGACCCCGGCGGCGGGGAGACCCGGUACCGCGCGAUCGCCGUCUACCUGCUAGGGUUUUGGCUGCUGGACGUUGGGAACAACACCACCCAGGGACCCUGCAGGGCGCUCCUUGCCGAUCUCACAGGCAAGGAUCACAGACGGACUCGGGUAGCUAAUGCUUAUUUUUCACUCUUCAUGGCACUGGGGAAUAUACUCGGCUAUGCUACUGGAUCUUUUAGUCGUUGGUUUAGCAUAUUUCCCUUCAGUGUCACUUCAGCAUGCGGCAUAAAUUGUGCCAAUCUCAAAUCUGCUUUUCUUCUUGAUGUUGUUAUUCUUGCAAUCACUACUUGCAUCACUGUAUUAUCAGCCAAGGAAACUCCUCUUUCUUCUGCUGGUGGACUUAUGGAUUCUGCCGGAGAGACACAAGUGCAGUUAAAUACUGAGCAUGAGGCUUUUCUAUGGGAAUUAAUUGGUUCGUGUAGGUAUCUAACUCUGCCUAUUUGGAUGGUUCUAAUUGUCACUGCACUUACUUGGAUAGGAUGGUUUCCAUUCAUUCUUUUUGAUACUGAUUGGAUGGGCCGGGAGAUCUACAAGGGAGAUCCAAAUGAAGGGACGAAUUAUCAAAUUGGAGUCAGAAUGGGUGCUUCUGGUCUAUUGUUGAACUCUGUUGUUCUUGGAUGUACCUCGGUGGCCUUGGAAAAAAUCUGCAGAAAGUGGGGUGCUGGCUUGACCUGGGGAAUUGCCAACAUUCUCAUGUUUUUGUGCUUUUUAGCAAUGCUUAUAAUAUCUUCUUGGGCAAAAAAUAAGGAAUACCCACAAAAUGGACUUCCUCCGGAUGGUGUUGUUGUUGCUUCACUUGUUAUUUUUACGAUCCUUGGGGCACCUUUGGCAGUCACAUAUACUAUUCCUUAUGCAAUGAUUUCUGCACGUACAGAACCUUUAGGAUUUGGCCAAGGGUUGGCGAUGGGCAUCUUAAAUUUGGCGAUUGUGAUACCUCAGGAAGUCCACUUUCUUGGAUCACUUAGAAUGAAUCAAUCUUCUUCACCCCUAAGAUCUUAUGUAGAGGAUGUCAUCACAUGCUGUUUUGAGACAAACAUAGAUGAAUCUGAAGUCAGUGUAGACCUGAGGAUGGAUAGGAAGUAGAGAUAGUGAAGAGAAUGAAUACCUGGAAUGUCAUCCGAUGCUCGUCAGAAAUAUAUCAUGGCUCAUAUAUUCUUGAAGUAUCCAGAAGGCAGACAUAUUUAUAUUUUAAGGUGUUCCCUCUCUAUGAUUCCAACAGCCUAUGUUGCAUUUGGUCUUUCAUGCAAUCCAUUUGGUUGUUUGUACUGAUUCAUGUACUGACAAACAAAAUCUGGUUCUAGUAAAACGUUUUAUAACUUUAUAUUGCAUGAGCUGCAUAGGGCUUCCUAGGUCUAAAUUGCUUGUCAUGUAGCAGUGGCAAGGCAUGCUAAAAUGAAAAGGUGACACCUUAUUGCAUGAGCUGCAUAGGGCUUCCUAGGUCUAAAUUGCUUGUCAUGCAGCAAUCUCAAGCCAUAUUAAAAUGAAAAGGUGACACCUUAUCACAUGAAACACCAAAGUUUGUGCUUACUACACUCUAUGAAAAAAAAAAAUCCACAAUUAGACUGAUUAAUUUAAUCGUUGCAAAUUCAGUUGAAUUCAGAAA